UUUGUUGCAAGCUAUCCCGUCAAACAAACAAAUAAUUUAAAAGAAACCCCACAUCGUUCUGGCCAAUCUACUGUGUUCCCACACGUCGCGAGGUCGAAUCCUCCCACCCAAAAGCAAAUAAAAACAAAAGACAAAGGGUAAAACAAAUCAGAUGACGCGGUCCUGAUCGUCCAGCGGAACCACAGAUGCCAAGCUUGAAUAAUUCCAAGCACGCCACUGCCCGAUUGAAAAGAAAAGAAAUUUUUUGAAAGCUAUGUCGUUCCGAAAAACUGUCGUCCCCGGCCCUGGCAUCUGCAGUCUGAUUGUAUUCGAGGGUUAACGCAAGUUUCCGCUUAACCUUUUCCUUUUGUCUUUGGUUGACUUCUAUGGCUUCAUAUUCGAUCGAAGAUUUCGUUGGUAAUGGAGUGCUGAAGGAAGUUAUGGAUUAUCUCGUUUCGGAAGGGUGGGAUGACGUUCCCACGCUCAAGAUGAUGAAUGUUCAGGACAUGGAAGCUCACAGUCUCACCGCACAACAGCGAGAUGCACUGGAAAUUAGAUCUUAUUUGCACAACCGUUCUCUCAUGGAGUACGCUGAUGUACUGGAGGCCUCUGGGAAGUCCUUGCCAGAGCUUCUGAGCACGGAUCCUAGGGUCCUUUCUUCACAGUGUGGGAUGAAGAGAGGCCAUGUUGCUCGCUUCAUGGAUAGGUCUGUGGCCUGCGGGGUGCCCAUGCCUCCUAACAUGGUUCUCCCUGCAAGGAAAAAGAUGAACACCAGUACUUCACUGCUGAGCGAGUACAGCAUAUCUUCCACCACAAUGAUGAGUAGUCCUAAUCCAGCUCCUAGCCCCGCCCCACCCAGGCCUUUUAUGAGCAGAGAUGUUUCCUUUCCACCCACAAGUGACGAAAAGGGUAUUGCUAUGAGGGGAAUCGUGGCUGCGGCUCCCACAGAUCCAAGGUGUUGUGGGCUGGUUAAGCCGCCGUAUUUGGGUGAAGACGUUGUCCCUUACACCAUGAUAGAAGGCAUCUCGGUUAAGAAGCUGACACCAGACUACAAGGUGGGUAUGGAGGCGUGGGCUAUAGGCGAAUUGAAGACCCCGCCCCCCAUGAAAGCUGGAGAUUUAUGGCUAGACAAACCAGCUGUUGUCCUCUGCAUCAGGCGUCCCGGGUGUGUGAUGUGCCGAGCAGAAGCACAUCAGAUUUAUGCCAGGAAACCCAUUUUUGAUGCAUUGGGUUUUCAACUAAUUGCUGUUCUCCAUGAGUUCAUUGAUUCGGAGGUGAAGGAGUUCUGGCCACGUUAUUGGGGUGGAAUUGUAGUUGUGGACACAACAAAAGACUUUUUCAGAGCUCUUGGAGGAGGGAAGCUACCAAAAGAGGGAUUCAUAACUGGCUUUAUUUUCAAUAAAAAUGCCAUUGAGAACUAUAAGCGUGCAAAAGCCACAGGAAUACCAAUGAAUUAUAAAGGAGAAGGUACCAUUAAAGGUGGAAUGUUCGUAAUGGGUAGUGGAAAGACGGGUGUUGCUUAUCAGUUUGUGGAAAGAAAUUUUGGUGAUUCGGCACCUCUUGCUGAAGUUAUUGAAGUCUGCAAUAAAUUACAGAAUAAUAAAUUGUCAAAGGAUCAAAGAGGCUUGCAGCUAUAAUCAGAGCAAGAGAAUGAAGAUUAUUUUGCUAAAUUAUAAAUUCUUUAAUAUUUUUUUAUGUAUUUAAACCAUCAUUUAAUGUGGAUUGUAAUAAAGGUAACAUUUGUAUAUGAUAUCUAAGCUUUGUAAGUAU